AUGUCGGUUAAGGCUUCUUCGUUCUUAUUCACGAUCUGCCUUAUUUCCGUUGUUGUUUUUUGUUGCAAGUAUUGCCAGUCUGGCACUGUAACAACGACCAACAACACACUAAAAUACUUUGAUGAACUGGAAAAGUACGGAAAGGAUUUACGAAAUUACACAAAUUUAAGCGCCUCCCUUAACAAUCUUCCUUUCGAAAAAGAAGCAAGGAGUUUAAUACAAAGCGUUUUGAACAAGGAGGAAUCCCUAUGGAAAGAAUUUGCUUCAGCAAGAACGCGAUUGAUGAUCAGCAGAAAAACAAUUGAGGAUUUGCGGUCCGAAUUGCCAAAGGCUGAUGAUGAACACAAGCUCAUCAAACACUUAGAUUAUAUCGUUCAAGAAGAGAUCAAAGUAGAUGAUGAUGAUCUCUCUGAAAUGUUGACCUCCGCAGAGGAAUCCACCCGAACAUCACAGGAUGAUAUUAAGGAGCUUCUUCAGGAACAACAUCAAGACCUCGAACGAUACAACGAACAAUAUUUGAAGAAAGUUGUCAUGUACGAAUUCGGAUUGGAGUCCAGGAAUAGAACAAUCUCUACAGUCGCUUCGGUUUUAAAAGAUCACUCCUUUAAGACAGCGUUUGAAAUGUGUAAAGCGGUCGCAAAGGAGCUCGCAACUGAACUACAAAUUAGCUGCAAGAAAUUCAAGAAAUCUGCGAGUAGAUCUAGUAAAUUUACAUAA